UCGAAGAGUGGAAGUCAAAGCACGGUGCAAUUUCGGAAAGUCAAAAUCAAAGCACGGUGCAAUUUCGAAUAAUAGAAUCCGAAGCAUGGUAAAAUUUUGAAAAGUGGGGUUCAAAGCAUGGUGAAUUUUGAAAAGUGGAAGUCAAAGCACGGUGUAAUUUUGAAAAGUGGGGUUCAAAGCAUGGUGAAAUUUCGAAAAGUGGGGUUCAAAGCAUGGUGUAAUUUUGAAAAGUGGGGUUCAAAGCAUGGUGUAAUUUUGAAAAGUGAAAAGCACGAAGCAAUUUCGAAAAGUGGAAGUCAAAGCACAGUCCGAAGAGUGGAAGUCAAAGCACGGCACAAUUUUCGAAACAUGAAAGUCAAAUCACAGUUCGAAGAGUUCAUAUCAAAGCACGGUGCAAUUUACCAGGGUGCACUUCAAAAUAGCUUUGAAAAGCGGGAAAGCAUAAAGUGGUCGAGAGGGAUGGCUAAGCAAUGCGCCUCAGAAGCAUAUCCUGAGAAAUUACAGAAUCCCUGGGGCACCAGAAAAGCACGAGUCCCGUCUCGCCGGGCUUUUCAGCAUGAAGACAUGAAUCCCACCCGAAGAGCCACGCUUGAUAGACCACCUUUUUGCAGGCUGCAGAUCCGUGCUUGGCUUCCAUGAAAUCCGCUACAAUUCUCCAUCCCUCAAGGGCUCGGAAAUGGCUCCAGCAAAUAAUUGGAGGAACAGGCGCGCAGGCAUACCGCGCAUUAUUUCCUCCCCAAUAAUUUGCAGCUACUGGUUCCAACAAGAUUGUUUCAUUCUAGAGCCGCCCUGUCCUGACCCCACUUGCAGUGCCGCUUCAGCCCUCGAAAUCAUCACCAAAACACAGAACUCCCUGCACCGCAACAUGUCAUCCCAGGACUUGAUUUUAGCGCUUACCGUGGCGCGUGUGGCCAUCAGAAAGAAGAUCUCCUGUGACGGUACGUGAACUCCCCCCAGAUUCGCUUCAUGCCCCCAAUGCUUGGCUUCUUGAUUAAAAAAAAUACAUCUGUGUACC